AUGGUUGACAGAAAUAAUUCUCAGCUAAAAAACGAAUUUGAUUCAAAUCUUCCGAUAUCUCCCUAUCCAAAAUGUGGCUAUGAGGUCGAUGACAUUGAAAAGUUUAACUCACGAUUUAAAUGUAUAUUUUGUUCAUUUAUUAUUAACGAUCCUAUUCAGCUAACUGAAUGUGGCCAUAGAUGUUGUCGAGGUUGUUUUGAUGUUCGAGUUGCAGCCGUAACUGAUGAGAAUGUUACAUGUCCAAUGGGUGACUGUCAUGAAACAACAAAUAAAAAUCAAAUUAUGCCUGAUAGAGCAUUCAAAAGAGAAUUAGAUAUUAUUUCAGUUGCUUGUUUGUAUAAAAAAGAUAAACAAUGUAAUUGGACAGGACAACUUAAAGCCUAUCAAUCACAUCUUGAUGAAUGUCAUAUUCAUUACGUCUGUUCGGAAUGUAAUGAACGUUUUGGUUCACAGGCAAUACUUAAUGAACAUAUAACGAAAACUUGUCCAAUGAUAUUUCAAUCAUGUCUUUUAGGACAAUUCUGUACUGAAGAAAUGAUUCGUAAAACUGAUUAUUCAAAACAUCUAUUAACUGAAAAACAUCAAGAAACUCUUAAUAAAUUUUUAUUACGUGAAUAUCGUUUUCCUGAAUCAUCAAAUACUGAGCAAGACUUAGAAUUAAAUGCAAUAAGUAAAGAAUUAGAAGAACAAAUGUCAGAAAAAAUCAAUAAUUUAUCAAAAAAUAUUCGAGAAGUAAGCAAUGAAUCAGUAAAAUUAAAUAAUGAUUAUAUGAAUUUAAAUGAACGUCUAAAUACAUUAAUACAAGAAUUAAAUAAUUUUCAUGUAGCCAUUAAUGAAAAAAUACCAAUUAAACAAAGUAUACAACCGCAUCAAGAAAAAUUACAAAAAGAUAUUGAACAAUUACAUGAAAGAUGUCUUAAUAAUGAACAUGUAUCAACUGAUGGUACAUUAACAUGGCGUGUUGAGCAUGUUUCAGAAAAAAUAGCUGAUGCACAAUCAGAAAGACAAACAAGUAUAUCAUCUCCAAUAUUUUAUUCAUCUCCAACAGGUUAUAAAAUGCGUGCAAGACUUUUUUUAUUUGGCGAUGGAAACGCAAGACGUACCCAUGUGUCUUUAUUCUUUUCACUAAUGAAAGGCGAAUAUGAUGCUGUACUUAAAUGGCCAUUUCAUUUUAAAGUAACCUUCUGUUUGCUUGAUCAAACAGGUAAUAAUCGUCAUAUAAUUGAUUCAUUUUAUCCUGAUGUUAAAUCAAGUUCAUUUCAACGUCCAAAAGAUGAAGCUAAUAUAGCAAGUGGUAUACCAAAAUUUUUUCCAUUACCAAUGUUAUUACAAGAUGAUAAUGGAUAUGUUCGAGAAGAUACUAUUUAUAUUAAAAUUAUUAUUGCACUUAAUGAAACACCAAAAACAAUGUUACCUUUUAUGUUAACUCUCAAUCCAGCCUUACCAACAUAUGUACAAGAAAAUUUAAUUAAUCAAGAAAUGGUUAAACGACAACAACAACCGAUCGUUGCUGGCAACUCUCCAACAACGCCAAUGAACACUUGA